AUGUCGGGCCUCAAACCUUCCAAUGUCAUCAUAAUCCACCCUGAUCUAGGCAUUGGCGGCGCGGAACGCCUCAUCAUCGAUGUUGCGCUAGCCCUGCAGAACCGCGGCCACCGAGUGGCAGUCUACACCUCCCACCGCGACAAGACGCAUUGCUUUGAAGAGGCGCGCGAUGGCACACUUGAUGUUCGUGUGCGUGGGAACACGAUAUUUCCGGCCCAUAUAUUCGGGAGGUUUCAUAUCCUCAUGGCAUCACUGCGCCAGCUCCACCUGACCGCAACUCUGUUGACGGAACUAGGAUCGAGGGGUAGUUCAACAGUAAAAGACAAGGCGGCCCCUGGAGAAGAAGACCAAGACGACAUUUUUAUUGUGGACCAGCUUCCGGCAUGUGUUCCAAUUCUAAAGACCUUUGGCCAGCCCCGCAAAUCCCACCGCCAACGAAUCCUCUUCUACUGUCAUUUCCCUGAUCAAUUGCUUGCGCGACGGAACGAAGGAGGCUCCCUCUUGCGACUAGCCAAGAUUUUAUACCGUUUCCCUUUCGACUGGUUCGAGGGAUGGGCAAUGAGUGCCUCUGAUCGGGUCGUCGCUAACUCAAAAUUCUCGCGAGGAGUGGUCCGUGAUGUCUUUGGGACAAACAAGCUUGGGGACGUGCAGGUUGUCUACCCGUGUGUCGAUACGAAUUCCGAGGCAGAUGCACCGCAGAAAGAGCCGGAAGGGGCUCUUUGGGAUGGAAAGAAGAUAUUGUUGAGUAUCAAUCGUUUCGAGAGAAAGAAGGACAUGGGACUGGCAAUUCGCGCUUACAAUGGUCUGGGUGCGGGAAAGAGGAAGGGAACACGGUUGGUGAUUGCUGGCGGUUACGAUAAUCGCAUCCAAGAAAACGUUCAAUACCACCAAGAACUCGACAAUCUCGCAAAAGACCUCGGCUUACGAACAGCGACAACGAAGACAGUAGUCUCUGCGCUCUCCAUUCCUGACGAUAUCGAUAUCUUGUUCCUUCUCUCUGUCCCUACGACCUUCAAAAACACCUUGCUCGCCCAGUCAAAGCUCCUGUUAUACACUCCAAUCAACGAGCACUUUGGCAUCGUACCCGUUGAGGCCAUGCUUGCAGGCUUACCUGUCCUCGCGUCGAACACUGGCGGCCCAUUGGAGACCGUUGUCGAAGGCGAAACGGGCUGGCUCCGUGACGCUCACGCGGUUAAGGAAUGGACCGCAGUUAUGGAUAAGGUUCUCUAUGGCAUGUCCCAGAAGGAAGUCGAUCGGAUGGCGGCUGCUGGGAAAGCAAGGGCAAGGCGAGAGUUUUCACUUACUGCCAUGGGCGAUCGACUGGAAGAGGAAAUCUCCACUAUGCUCUUCGCCGAGAGGCGUCCUUUCCGAGGAUGGCAGCAAGUAUUCAUCGCACUCGCCGUUCUUGGAUCAAUUCUUGCAGUAGCGGUUGCUUUAUUGCUUCGCAGAUUCUAG